AUGGGCGGUGACGAAAACGCAUCCAAAGGGGAGAGUCAUGUGGUGACGGAGGCGGCCCUGGAAAAGACCAUGAACAGCGCAACAGUGCUGCGGUACCCCUUCCAGCCAAUUGAUCUUGCUUGGCUGGUCGACUACAUUGACACAUGCUUGCCAAGGGCAGAGCGCUGGCCAGCGGCGAUGCACAUCGUUAACGCCUUUAUGGCGUUCGCCGUGAUGCAUGAGGAUCCUUACUUGGAGGAUGCCACCUUUCAGUUUCACAAGACAAUGGAGGAAAAAAAUGACAAGCGAAGUUGGCCCAAGCGUGCCCGGGACACAAGUGUUGACUUUGAGGUGGCCCACCACGUCUUUGAGACCAUUUGUGUUAUGGCCAAGUAUCCCAACCUUGAUCCAACAGGAAAGGUUGGACUGCUCAGGAUGGGUGAGAAGCUUCUAAAGGAUAUUGAAAAGGCAGUGACGAGCCCUUCAGUCAACAUGGGUACAAAAAAAACGAGCGAAGCUUUGAGCGUUACACUCACUCGCAUACAAGCGCUGAAGCGUACACCUGACUCCCCUGAGGCGUUUGAUUCCUUGAUGGGCUCUCUUAAGACGCUGUUUUUCUGCUUCAGUCCGUGCCUUGGUGUUUGCAGCAUGCUGUAUGACUCUAACACCAGUAUCAUGAAUUCCUACGUGUGCUGUGAGGGAUGUCCAUGCUACGCAAAGCUACGCACAACUUAUACGCUUUUUAUAAGGGAUGUGGAGAAGACGAAGGUCAUUGAUUGCCUUCUGAUGAUGGCUGUAAGGGAGGAUGAUGCUUUUGUAAGCAAAUUAGCGGAGGAUUUAUUCGCUCGAUUUGAUUGCCGAAGUCUGUUUUUGGAGAAGCCAAUUCGGCGGAUACAAAAUGGAAUCUUAUUCACUGUGAGAAUAGCGUUGUUUGAUGCAUUUCGGCAUGUGAAGAGUUUAAUGAUGGAGCUGCGCGCGUCCCCUGUGACGCUUGAACCGUUGAUGGAGAAUAUCAUUCUUGCGUUGCACAUAACUCGUCGGGAGAUUAAGGAUAUUAAAGGUCCAAACGAGCACCUCCCGCUUAUAGACUUGGCGUUGGCAACGGCAGACAGUAUCUGUUCGCGUUUGGGGACUGAGAAGUCGUCACAGGAGCUGCGUAAACUAAAGGACUACAUCAUGGCCAUUUUUACUUUGGUGAGCGCCCCCGAGUACCAUUUAGCUGUGCAUAGCAAGGACCCGCUGGUCGGCAGAGGUGCGAACUUGAAGUGUGGGAACCCCGACUGCCCAGGGAAAGUGAAGGAAAUGCUGAAAUGCAGCGGGUGCCGUGUGACGUUUUAUUGCGGCGCAGAAUGCCAACGGGAAGACUGGAAAACCCACCGUUUCCUUUGUAGGGAAAUGGGCUGUCGCAAAACAGCCCCCCAGCCGGUCAAGGCAGAGGAAUGCCCCAUACAGACCCUGAAACCCUUUGCUUUUGAUUGA